GACCUAGAUAUUAUUUGCAUCUCAAUAUUUUGCAGUUUAAUAAUUUAGAGGUCAGUGAGCUGAGGAACUUCAAGUAAAUGCUCACAGUUGAAGCUGUAUGUUCGUUUUUCUUGUAUUUCAUAAUUUUUGGGCUGAGGUCAGAGUUCAUGUGAUGUCAUCGGCCGGCGCUGAGCAGGAUGGGUGUUUGUUUUUUUCUUCUUGAAUUGUUUUUUGGGGAGUACGUGUGUGAAGCAGGCCUAUCGCCUGGAGGAAAAAAACCGAUGUAAAACCGGGACGAAUAAAGUUGCCAAACUGUGAGACGGAGUCGGGUCUACUUGAGGGUGCAACAUAAACUUGGUGUUUCCGCCCGGUUUGAGUUUUUUCUUCAGCACGAAGCAGGAGAAAUGACGAGCAACCAACGGACAUCGUAGGAGCUAACGCUAGCUGCUAACACGGACAUUGUGAGAGCUAAGCCUGCAGACAUCUGGAGUCACGUAUAGUGAAGGUAAACGUCUUCUAUCAUGUCGGAGCUGCAACAGAUGUCGCCUGAGUGGGAAAGUAUUGUGGCAGAGAUAGAGGAAAAGUUAUUGACACUGAAAGCACCUGAUUUGAAUGAUGUGUGUACAGCGCUUAGCCUCACGGUGGAUGCACGUGACAAAGACUCAUCUCGCAAGUUGAGAAGGCUUGUUCUUCAGUACAUAGAAGGAGAAGAUAUUAUCUCAAGGGAGGAUGAAGGGAUGACUGUUUUGCUGGAAUUAAAUGACAAAAUUGACGAAUUAAGAGAGAAAUUUGAGGAUAGCGAUGAGCUCCUGCAUCAAAACGCUGUCCAAGAGCACCACCCUGUGGAGAAAAAUGAAACUACAUCCAAUAACACAGAAGGACAAAAAGAAGGCGGUUCAACCCUGAAUGCAACAGCUGCUGUGGCUAGCCAAAAUGUGUCUUUGGUCCAUCCACUGUACAGGAGAGAGUUAAAGAUAACUGGACAAAUUGGAGAACCAAACCAAAAGGACAAAUUAACCUACUCAAGUUUGGAGAGACAAAUCCAAAGGGCCCUAAAGAAAGGGUAUGAGGAGGGAGAAGUUGUCGAGGCUGUGAUUCAAGCAAUAGCUCCGGGUACAAAACUGAAGAGUUAUUUGGAAAGUAGAAUAGAUUUGACACUGCAAGCCCUCAGGCAAAUUCUACGGACUCACUACAUUGAAAAAGAUGCUACAGAGCUGUAUCACUCCCUCACACGUGCAGUUCAGGAACCCAAAGAGACACCUAUACAGUUUUUGAUGCGAGCCAUGGAUCUGAGACAGCAAAUUGUCCUUGCUUCAGACAGAGUCAAGUCAGGCUUGAAGUACAGUUCAGAACUAAUUCAAAACCAGUUCCUUCAGACAGUAAUGACUGGUCUUCAUGAUGAUGCUAUUCGAACGGACAUAAGGCCAUACUUACAAAAUCCCAAAGUUACAGAUGAAGUCCUUCUGGAGAAGAUGACAGCUGCUUACAGUCUGGAAAUGGAAAGAAAGAACAAGCUUUCAACCACUGUGAAAGCAAAAACGAUCAGGAUGGCAGCAAUUGGUGAAGAAAAGGAACAAACUGAACAUAUGCCAAAACCAAACACAAACAAAGGUGGUGAAACAAACAAACGUGAUACACUGAUGGAGAAGGUUGAUCAAGGCAACAAAGCCAUAUGUGAAGCCAUCCAGAACCUCACCACGCACAUUGCAAGCCUACAACAAGCCCCUCAGCCUCAUGUUCAACAAAGGAGAGUCAGUGGAGAACCAAGUCGAAAAUACAGAGCACAGCCUAGGAUUGUUAAUCGCAGACAAUGUCCGGAAUGUCAACAGUCCAAUCCUGAUGGAAAGUGUGACCACUGUUACAAGUGCGGCAGUGUAGAACACUGGGCAUCAGGAUGCCGAAGGAGAAACGUCACAGCCAGCACGAAUAAAGUUGGAAUCCUGCAUUGUCCUGCUGAAAACACGGAGAAAGCAGAACUCUUCAGUCUGAGAGUACCUCUCAGUGGUAAACAGCUGCAAACAGCAAAAUUGAUUGGGAAGAAAUGUUUAGUUCGAGCUUCUUUAGGAGGAGUUGACACUACCGUACUGUGGGACACUGGUUCACAGGUAUCAAUAGUGGGAUCCAACUGGAAAUCAGAGUACCUGCCAGAUGUUGAAGUGAAACCAGUGGCUGAGCUGCUUGGAUAUGGAUCAUUAGAGCUUUCGGCUGCCAAUGGAACUGAUAUUCCAUAUGAGGGAUGGAUGGAAAUUGAAGUCACCUUAUCCAAAGAUGCUGUUGCUGGAAUGAGUGACAAACCCGUCCUGGUGCCCAUCCUUGUGGCCCAUGAUGACAUGGAACGCCCGAUCAUCGGCUUUAAUGUAAUCGAGGAACUGGCCCUGACCAAUGACACAAGUGAAGAUGGGAUUUCAUCAGGUCACAUGGUUAAGAGACUGAGCACAGCUCUGGAUGUAGGCCACAGAACUGCAAGAGCUGUUUUAUCCGUGUUGAAAAAGCAAAAGCCUGAAAGUCAGCCCCACCUAGCCAGAGUAGGCAGGCAACCAGUGACAAUCCCGAGGAACAAAGUUAUGGUCGUGCAGUGUGGUCGGCUAAACAAGGAUGUGGUGAGCACAUCAUACGUAGUGUUAGAGCCAAACCUUGAGGCACCAUGGCCAUCUGGCCUAGCCAUCAGAGAACAGUUAAUUGAGCUUUCCCCAGAAGAUAAUGGUAAAAUCGAAGUGACUGUGGAAAAUAUGACUGAUAAUGAUAUUGUGCUUUGCAGUCGCACCACACUUGGCCUGUUGCACAGUGUUGUAACCACCUACCCAUUGCAGAUAAAGUCAGCUGAGGAACAUAUAUCACAAGCUUCAGACAGCAGUGCCACUCCGCCUGCACAGCAGCUGAGGGGAGAAUCACAAGGUGAGCACUGGGAUCCACCAGUGGACCUGAGCCACCUGUCAGAAGACCAGCGACAGCAGGUAAAACAAAUGCUCAGGGAAGAAUGUGAUGUGUUUGCAAAGGAUGACUGGGAUACAGGGUGCAUUAAAGAUUUGGAGAUGGAGAUACAGUUAAAAGACAAUGUGCCUGUCCAAAGAACAUACAAUGCAAUCCCGAAACAUCUCUAUCAGGAAGUAAAAACACACAUACAGGACUUACUCCACCGAGGCUGGAUCCGGAAGUCCUGCUCCUCAUAUUCCUCACCUGUAGUAUGUGUCAGGAAGAAAGAUGGGAGUCUACGGCUGUGUAUAGACUAUAGGCUGCUGAAUGGGAAAACACUGCCUGACCGCCAUCCCAUCCCGAGGAUUCAAGAGAUUCUGGAUAACCUGGGAGGCAACUCCUGGUUCACAGUGUUGGACCAGGGAAAAGCCUACCACCAGGGCUUCAUGAGUGAGAAAAGCAGACCCUGCACCGCUUUCAUAACACCAUGGGGACUUUACGAAUGGGUGAGGAUCCCAUUUGGGCUGACCAACGCCCCUGCCUGCUUUCAACGCUAUAUGGAGGGAUGCCUGAGAGAGCUCAGAGAUGAGGUGUGUGUACCAUAUUUGGAUGAUGUAUUGGUUUUCAGCUCCAGUUUCACUCAGCACAUCCAAAAUGUGAGACAGGUGCUCAGACGACAGCGAGAGUGUGGCAUAAAGCUAAGACCAAAAAAAUGUGACUUCUUCAAAAGUGAGGUCUGUUAUGUAGGUCGAGUUAUCUCUGCAGACGGGUACAAGAUGAACCCUAAAGAAGCAGAGGCAGUUCAAGCACUGAAGCAUGAAGCACCAGCCACUGUGCGAGAGGUGAGAAAGCUAAUGGGAUUCCUUAGUUAUUACCGAUCGUACAUACCAGACUUUUCUAGGACAGCCAAGCCCCUUUAUGAACUGUUAGCAAAACCCAAGUGUGAGGCGAAGCAAAACCAAAAGAAAAAGGUGCUUGGCCGCAAAUGCGCUCAGUUGCCACCUUCCCAUCCAGUACAGUGGACAGCACUUCACAAAGAGACACUGAACAGGAUCGUGGAUCAGCUGACAAAUCCACCAGUCAUGGCCUACCCUGAUCUAGAGAAACCCUUUGUGCUUCAUGUGGAUGCCUCUGAAGAUGGUCUAGGCGCAGUCUUGUACCAGCGUCAAGAGGGUGUUCUCAGGGUGAUAGCCUAUGGAUCAAGGACCUUAACAGCAGCAGAGAGGAAUUACAAGUGGCAUUCAGGCAAGUUAGAAUUCCUGGCGCUGAAAUGGGCCAUAACAGAACGGUUUCGGGACUACCUUUUCCAUGCACCUCACUUUACAGUUUACAGUGACAAUAAUCCCCUGACCUAUGUCACAAAGUCAGCGAAACUGAAUGCAGCUGGACACCGCUGGGUGGCAGAGUUAGCGGAUUAUAGGUUUACAUUGAAAUACAGGCCUGGGACAGCAAAUAGGGAUGCAGACUUCCUGUCGCGCAGACCAAAAUCCAUUGAGGAGGUCAUCCAGGGAUGCACUGAGGAAUGCCAACAGGAAACCAUCAAAUGCAUCGGGGAAGCCCUGGACAUAGACAGGACAGGAGAAGUGAAUUGGAUCUCUGCUGUUACCUGCAAUGAAGAUGCGCUGCCAGACGGGUGCAACAUCUCCGAGCCAAUUCAGCCUCUCGCAGCAGACGACAUAAGAACAGCUCAACACGCGGACCUAGUUCUAGACAGGGUAGUGACUUUGAAAAAAACACAUGUCCACCUGAGACAUAAAGACAAGCUGACAGAGAAUGAAGGCGUCCGACAACUUCUCAGGGAGUGGCCCCGUCUACAUAUCGAUGGUGAUGGCAUCCUCCGAAGAGAGACUGCGACAAGGAAGCAGCUGGUUGUUCCUGAGUCCCUGAAACCAGUUGUAUACAAACAUCUACAUGAAGAAAUGGGACACUUAGGUGCAGAUAGAAUGGUGGCUCUAGCAAGAGAGCGCUUCUUCUGGCCUAAGAUGAGGCAGGAGAUGGAACACUAUGUUACCAAAGUGUGUCGCUGCAUAAAGAGAAAGAAACCAAACAGGGUAACCAGAACAGCGAUACAGAGUAUAGAGACUUCUGCACCGUUUGAGAUGAUCUCCAUUGAUUACUUACAUCUGGACAAGUGUAAGGGAGGUGAGGAAUACAUACUUGUAGUUGUUGAUCAUUUCACUAAAUAUGCACAGGCAUAUGCAACAAGAGACAAGUCUGGGAAGACGGCAGCCAGAAAGCUUUUUGAUGACUUUAUCAUGCGUUUUGGUUUCCCGUCCAAGAUACACCACGACCAGGGUAAAGAGUUUGAGAACACUCUCUUCCACAAGCUCCAAGACUACUGUGGUAUCCAUCACUCUCGCACUUCUCCAUACCAUCCUCAAGCAAAUCCGGCAGAACGCUUCAAUAGGACACUGCUUGGAAUGCUGCGUACACUGGAAGAGUCUCAGAAGUCAAGAUGGAAGGAGCACCUUAACAAAGUGGUUCAUGCCUACAACUCAACUGUGCAUGAGGCAACAGGAUUUUCUCCAUUCUUCCUUCUGUUUGGCCGUGAACCAACACUACCAGUGGACCUGAUGUUCCCCAGGAGAGGAGAGGGGCGACAUCAGUCACAGGCUGGCUAUGCAGAGAAGUGGAGGGAAGUCAUGCAAGAAGCCUAUGCCAUGGCAAGGCAGAGUAUGAAGAAAAGUGCUAGGAGAGGACAGAAAAAUUACAACCAGCGUGCAUGGAGUUCGACACUGGAGUCAGGUGAUCACGUCUUGGUGAGGAACCUCACACCUAGAGGUGGCACUGGAAAACUGCGCAACUACUGGGAAAACAUGAUCUAUGUUGUCAAAGGAAGAAAAGGUCCUGAUGGCCCAGUGUACGUGGUUGAGCCAUUGCAAGGAACUGGGAGAAGACGUGUGAUACACCGAAACCUACUCAUGCCGUGCCCCUACCUGGUUGAAGAGUCAGAGGCAGGUGAAUCCAACCUGAAAGACAAAAACGGUAGAAACAAAACAAAACAGAGAACAGGAAGGCGACAUACAACCAAGCAUGACACUUACCCAGCUGACACAGACAGUUCCAGCGAAGAGGAGUGUCACUUGUGGACAGCAGUAAGACACACAGAUCUGCCCCUCAACGCAGAAGCAAAAGAGUUCUGCCCCAGGAGUAAAUCGCCCAGAGACAGACCUAAGGUGGCGUUUAGACCUGAGGAGCACUUGGAAGAGGGACAUACGGAGGACAGCCAUGGUAUCGAUGAAAAGAGCGACGCUCUGGCUGUGGGAUCUGAGGAUGAGCAGAGCGACGCCGACACAUGGAGGGAAAGGCCUAAGAGAGUUCGACAGCCCAGGCGUGUUUACACCUAUGACCAGCUAGGCCAGCCGACUCUCCAACCGCUGAAAACCUGCCCUGUCAGUGCGAGAGAGCCCCUGGGACCAGCCAUGACCUGCCAACCAGACCAUCAUCCAUGUAUCCUUUUGUCAUGAAUAGAGAUUCAUACACACACAAGAUCAUUUAAGAAAUGCGUUUUUUUCUAAUGUGUUACAUGAGAUAUGGUACAUGGGUAUGUAGGAAUUGACGCACAUUACAGGAUAUAGAAACAGGUUAUCUGAACAUCUAUUUUAAUAAGUACAGAAAAUGGAGGAUGCUAUUCUAGAAUUUUGGAGUCAAGACGGUAGUGUGAUACAUACUGGAAAGAAGGAAUUAGUAGUGUGUGCACAUACAGAAUUUACUGGAUAGAUGGCUAUGAAAUGUGUAAGUACACAGUUCCGAGUGUAGAUGGUAAUUUCCUUGUCCCAUUUGUGAAGAUUUGGGGGGCCCACCAAUGCUUCUAUGGACUAUGCACUCUUCGAUACUUAUGGACUAUGGACAUUUGAUCCUGUAUUGUGGCCAUGAGAGACUUUUGCAAAGGGAAAAAAUGGACUCUUAAGAUAGCGUAACCUCAUUACCCUGUAAAUGAAAAACAGUGCUGUAUGUCAUAUAUACCUGUUUACUCACCUUCUCACGAAGUGUUCAAUAGUUGAGAGGUUAAGAAAAUGUUUGGCAACAUUUUAUUUAGUGGGGGAGGGUGUUGAGACCUAGAUAUUAUUUGCAUCUCAAUAUUUUGCAGUUUAAUAAUUUAGAGGUCAGUGAGCUGAGGAACUUCAAGUAAAUGCUCACAGUUGAAGCUGUAUGUUCGUUUUUCUUGUAUUUCAUAAUUUUUGGGCUGAGGUCAGAGUUCAUGUGAUGUCAUCGGCCGGCGCUGAGCAGGAUGGGUGUUUGUUUUUUUCUUCUUGAAUUGUUUUUUGGGGAGUACGUGUGUGAAGCAGGCCUAUCGCCUGGAGGAAAAAAACCGAUGUAAAACCGGGACGAAUAAAGUUGCCAAACUGUGA